AUGCAAGAUUCUAUGAAUCAAUUUAUCCCCCUAUCUAAGCAACUAAAUGGUUUGAAUAAUAAGCUUGUUUCCCAAAUUACUUGCGAACGAAAGUCUCAUGCUGAUCUUAAUGCCAAACAAUUAAAAGAAAUAAAAUCGCUAAAGUCUGAGAUUAAUUUAAAGGAUUCUGAAAUUACCUCUCUUGAGAACAAGGGUGUCUUGAGAUCAGAGGUAAGUGAUCUAGAACGCAAAGCUGAAAGAGAUGAACUAGAUCAGUUUGCUUCACAAUCACAUCAAAUAUCUCAUGAUUCAAAAAUAGAAAAUCCAUCAUCCAGCGAUUAUAAGCAUAGUGAAACAGUAGAAGAGAUACCCCAUUUUUCUUCACACUGCUCAGAGCGCGAGCCCAAUGGAAAAGGGGAUUGUAAUAGUAUUUUAGCCGUACCUAUUAUUGCGUUAGGAGGUAGUAACCCUGAUCA